CGCCGCGGAAGGGAGGGGAGGGGGGGUGAAGCGAAAGGGCCCCCGGGGGCUUCUCCGGCCGCUCGGGUCCGGAUUUUUCAGCCGGAGAGAACUUUGUAUCCCCGGCCGGCGAGGAGCGGUGGGGCGGCGAGCAGGAGAGGGAGGAUGACGAUGCUGCCGCGAUGUUUUGCGCUUGGGGGGCUCUUGUGAGACGCGCAGCUUCCCGAUGCGCUCCCGCCCGGAGGAGGCUGCAACCAAACUGUGGCACGAAAGAGCUUCCAGUCUGAUUUAGCCGAGAGAUACGGACGAUUUCGUCUUUUUUGAAACAUUUUUUUUCCGUGUGUGUUGUGUUUUUAUGGGUUUCGGUUGGUUGGUUGGUGGGUUUUUUUCCCCCGACCCGACGGGGCAGGCGGCUUGGCUGGUCGGGCCAGCGGGCAGUUUGAGAGGUUUUGUUUUCCUUUUGUCCGAGGAACCUUUCUGCAACUAACGGAAGAGUCUCCGCUGCCUGUGUGGUUCCCCCUAUGCCCUCCUGCGUUUCGUGCAUGUGCUACUGGAGCUGCUCCGAUCGGGGCCGGCUGUGCGGAUUCCCCCCCCUCCUCACCCCCCGCCCCUUCAUUCUCCUCCCGCCUUCUUCUCUUGUUCUUCGCUCCGUGUCUUGCCGAUGACCUGGCCCCUCCGCCGACGCUCGGGAGCUGCGCAGCCCUCCCUGAAGACUUUCUUUCGCCCCCCGGGCUUACGACGGUCCCGCUGCUGACACCGCGUCCCGCUCUCUCGGCUGGAUUUUCCCCUCUAGGCAAGAGGCAGAAGUGGGGAGAGGAGUCGGCUCCGCCCGGGGUUUCCGGCCUUACGAUUGCAUCGGCAACUUGAGAGCCCUAGAGGGGGAUUAUUCGCGGCCGCGCCUCGCGCUCUUCCCCCUCUCUCCCCCCCAAAUACUCCCAUCGGGUCUCGUCCCGUCCCGCCGCGCCCGGGCGCCCUGGGCGCCUCCGAAGGAGCGCGGACCGGUGGUGAACGUCCCGAGCGCGGUCCGCCCGCCUGUCCCGGGCACCCCCAGCUCUCCCCGGCACAGCAGCAACAAAGGACUCCGCUGUCGGAGGAUGUCCCCGCAGCGGGGGCACUGAGCCGCGCCUCGGCCCCGCUCCUGCCCUCGGCGGCGGAGGGAAAGCAGCCGACGGGUGUCGUCGCUCCUGGCCCCUCGGCGCCCCGAGUGUGAAGCCGGGACAGGGCGAGGGGCUCUCUGCGAGAACCGCGCUGCGACGGAGCUCCGCCGAGGCCGGAGCCAUGUUCCCUCAGAGCCGGCACCCCACCCCGCACCAGGCUGCGGGCCAGCCUUUCAAAUUCACCAUCCCGGAGUCGCUGGAUCGCAUCAAGGAGGAGUUCCAGUUCCUCCAGGCGCAGUACCACAGCCUUAAAUUGGAAUGUGAGAAACUGGCAAGCGAAAAGACAGAAAUGCAGAGGCACUAUGUUAUGUACUAUGAAAUGUCCUAUGGAUUAAACAUUGAAAUGCAUAAACAGACAGAAAUCGCCAAGAGAUUGAAUACAAUUUGUGCACAGGUCAUCCCAUUUUUGUCUCAGGAACAUCAGCAGCAAGUGGCCCAAGCUGUAGAACGUGCCAAACAAGUGACCAUGGCUGAACUGAAUGCCAUCAUCGGGGUACGUGGCCUUCCAGGUCUACCUCCUACACAGCAGCAGUUGCAGGCUCAACAUCUCUCCCAUGGCCAUGGACCUCCAGUGCCUCUAACACCACAUCCAUCAGGACUUCAGCCUCCGGGAAUCCCUCCACUCGGAAGCAGUGCUGGCCUUCUUGCCCUUUCUAGUGCUUUGGGUGGGCAGUCUCACUUGGCAAUUAAAGAUGACAAGAAGCAUCAUGAUGCAGAACACCACAGAGACAGAGAGCCGGGCACAAGUAAUUCUCUGUUGGUCCCAGACAGUCUGCGGAGCACAGAUAAACGAAGGAAUGGCCCUGAAUAUACUAAUGACAUCAAAAAGAGAAAGGUGGAUGAUAAGGAUUCCAGCCAUUAUGACAGUGAUGGGGACAAGAGUGACGAUAACUUGGUUGUAGAUGUUUCCAAUGAGGAUCCUUCUUCCCCGAGGGCAAGUCCCACUCAUUCACCACGUGAAAACGGUAUAGAAAAAGCCCGCCUGCUAAAGAAAGAUGCCUCGAGCAGUCCAGCAUCUACAGCCUCUUCAGGAAGUUCCACUUCCCUCAAAUCCAAAGAAAUCAACCUGCAUGAAAAAGCCAGCACGCCUGUUCUGAAAUCCAACACACCAACUCCUCGAAGUGAUGUGCCAACCCCCGGCACCAGUGCAACUCCAGGACUUCGUCCAGGCCUUGGCAAGCCUCCAACAAUGGACCCCCUGGUUAACCAAGCUGCUGCAGGUUUGCGGACACCAUUGGCAGUACCAGGACCAUACCCUGCUCCAUUUGGAAUGGUACCUCAUGCUGGCAUGAAUGGGGAGUUAACCAGUCCAGGGGCAGCUUAUGCCAGUCUGCACAAUAUGUCACCCCAGAUGAGUGCUGCUGCUGCUGCAGCUGCUGUGGUUGCCUAUGGAAGAUCUCCUAUGGUUGGGUUUGAUCCUCCUCCUCACAUGAGAGUACCUGGAAUCCCUCCAAAUCUAGCAGGGAUUCCUGGGGGAAAACCUGCCUAUUCCUUUCACGUUACUGCAGAUGGUCAGAUGCAGCCAGUUCCUUUCCCUCCGGAUGCCCUCAUCGGUCCUGGGAUCCCUCGCCAUGCCCGUCAGAUCAACACUCUGAACCACGGGGAAGUUGUGUGUGCAGUUACCAUCAGCAACCCGACGAGACACGUGUACACGGGUGGGAAAGGGUGUGUGAAAGUCUGGGACAUCAGCCACCCUGGCAACAAGAGCCCUGUCUCUCAGCUGGACUGCCUGAACAGAGAUAACUACAUCCGGUCUUGUAAAUUGCUGCCUGAUGGAUGCACCCUCAUAGUUGGUGGGGAAGCCAGCACAUUAUCCAUAUGGGACCUGGCAGCACCAACUCCUCGUAUAAAAGCAGAACUGACAUCCUCAGCCCCUGCCUGCUAUGCUCUGGCUAUCAGCCCUGAUUCCAAGGUGUGCUUUUCCUGCUGCAGUGAUGGGAACAUAGCAGUGUGGGAUCUGCACAAUCAGACAUUGGUCAGACAAUUCCAGGGCCACACAGAUGGAGCCAGCUGUAUUGACAUUUCUAAUGAUGGUACCAAGCUCUGGACAGGAGGUUUGGAUAACACUGUCAGAUCCUGGGAUUUGAGAGAGGGCAGACAGCUACAGCAGCAUGACUUCACAUCUCAGAUAUUUUCCCUUGGCUAUUGUCCUACUGGUGAAUGGCUAGCUGUGGGAAUGGAGAGCAGCAAUGUAGAAGUGCUACAUGUAAAUAAACCAGAUAAAUAUCAACUGCACCUUCAUGAAAGUUGUGUAUUGUCGCUUAAGUUUGCUUACUGUGGUAAAUGGUUUGUGAGUACUGGGAAAGAUAACCUUCUUAAUGCAUGGAGAACUCCUUAUGGAGCCAGUAUCUUCCAGUCCAAAGAAUCUUCAUCAGUGCUUAGCUGUGACAUCUCUGUGGAUGAUAAGUACAUAGUCACUGGCUCUGGAGACAAAAAGGCUACAGUCUAUGAAGUUAUCUACUGAAAAAAAGAUGGGGAUACAACUUUUAGAAGUUGAACUGGGCCAAAAUUGUACUUAACAGUAGAAAUAGGAAGGGUUUGCCUUUUAAAAAGGAACAAAAGUAUUGAAGUACCAGACCUGGUGGUGAAACUACUCUGAUUUUUUCAAAAUAGAAGACAUCAUCCAGCAACUAAAUAUUGACUACAUGGACCAAACGGAACACAGAGGCAAGAUGAACAGAUGUAGCCUAGGUUUUUGACAUAGUUUUUAAAAGCUGAGUCUACUGAAGAAUGUUGGAGCCUUUUUUUUUUUUUUCUUUCUUUCUUUGUGACCUCAUGCAAAUUGUUCUCAUUGCCUGAAUAUGGGGGAUAAAUACCUUUCUGUUCCUAGAAGUUAAAGUUGCAUUCUGUCCUGUGUAGAGCAGUGGUGUCUCAGAUGAACUUGUUUCCUGGUUCUGCAUCUUGUGAUAUGUUUUUGUAUUUUUGUUGAAGGUCAAGCAUUUGUAUAAAUUGUAAAUAUAUUUAGUUUAUUACAGUAAAGGUUUUAGUAACAACAACCAAUCUUCCCCCCUCCUCCUCCCCUUCCCUACUCACCCUGCUUAUUUAAAACUAAAAACCUUUUGGGGAUAUAAGUAACUUUUUAGAAGAAAAAGAAAACACUAUGUAUAGUUUGAAAAUGGUGUCUUAUUCUUUAUAAUUCUUCCUAGAUUCCUUUAUCAUACUUCGAAGUAGAUGUUUUGACUUAUUAGGGUAUCAAGUCCAGUAGAUACUGUCUUGUGCUACAGAAAACUUAAAAGGCAAUUUUGUACUAAUUAUAGUGUAAAUACAAAAAUUGAACAUUUCAUACAGUUGUGCAGUUUAUUUUAAGUUUAUUCUGAUGUCCCAUAUAUGUGUUCUUUGGCAGAUACAGUAAUAUGUGCCUGAUUAUAAGUCAUUUGAUCAUUUAGGUGACUUCCUUUCCUUUGUCCCCCAGCUGAACAGAAUUAAUGCAAGACUACAUUUCAGCUUAGUACAGGAAUGGCUAUGAUUAAACAAAGCGAGAAUUUGCAUCCUUCAUAUUUUACACAGAAGUGGUGAUUAAUGACCAUUUGCUUUUUAAUGUCUCAUCUGUACUUAGAUACUCAGGUAAAUUCAAUUAAAUUACCAAAAGCGUGAGUUUACAGGGGAUCACUUCAAAAACACUUGCAAGGUUGCAAGUGGAGUGAAUUAACCUAAAUGCAGUUAAACUUCUUAAUUUCUUGUCAGAAUAUUGACAAAGGAAUAUUUUGAUUUUUAACUAAUCCACUGUACCAUUUAAUUAGAUCUAAUUUUCCUGAGUGUCCCAUGUUAUGCAGGCCAAAGGCUCUAUACAUUCAUACUGAGCAAUCCUUAAGUCCUUUCCACUGUCAUAUCAGUGUAUGACAUGUGUGAAGAGCCAUGCUAAGCACCCAGUUACCAAAGCUAUGCAUCUUCAAAUCAAGUUUUCUUGAUGUACUCAAGAGAAAUGGAUGAGCCGAGAAUGUGUACAUUUUAUUGUGUUUUCCAAUCAGCAAGUUGUACAAUUGUGUGCUAGACAAACCUUGCACCAGUGAGGGCAUACAUUUCUUACAUUUUACCAUCUAGUUAGAAUUUCUGUUGCUGAUGGAGAGUAUAGAUGAACAGAAAGAUAUCUUUGAACAAACAACUCAGAUUAUACAAACUGGCAGAAAGGUUAAGAUUCAUCUGUGAAGAGCUGCUUUCUCAUUUUCUAGCAUUUAACAAUGACCUAUAUCACUGCUCUUUCAAACACAUGUAAUUAGAAAGAAAAGUUUGACAGCUAGAUGCAUUGGCUAGAUAGGGAAUUUCUCAUAUGGGUUCAAUUUUUCUCUGAACUUCCAGUCUGAAGGGACAUCAGUUUUAUUUUCAAUUUACAUGACCAUUCUACUGAAACCAUUUUAGAACAUCUAGAAUUGUAAUAGCCUUAAUGUAUUAACUUCGCAGUUGGAAUGUAAAAUGCUAACAAUUCAGGAUAAUAUUAUUUCCUAGACAUUUAAAAUUAA